CAGUGGCAUAACCAGGCUGGAGUAUGUGAGUCCUGAUCGACUGCAGUCAUGCUGAGAUUUCUUUUGCUGAGUGCCCUGGUGGCCCUGGCUCUGGCCGAACUCAGGCCUGAGCCCAGGUAUAUGGAGAAUAUAGGAGAGAGAGUUGUGGGUGGAGAGGUGGCUUCACCUAACUCGUGGCGCUGGCAGAUCUCACUGCAAUAUUUGUCUGGCAGUUCCUACUAUCACACUUGUGGUGGAACUCUGAUCAGGUCUCGCUGGGUUAUGACUGCUGCUCACUGUGUUGAUACGGCAAGAACAUGGCGUGUUGUCCUGGGAGAUCAUGACAUUUACAACCAUGAAGGCACAGAGCAGUACAUGACCGUCAGCGCUGUCCACGUUCACCCUCAGUGGAACCGCAACAAUGUUGCUGGAGGAUAUGACAUUGCUUUGCUGCGUCUGUCUUCUGAUGCCUCCCUGAACUCCUAUGUGCAACUGGCUGCUCUGCCUCCCUCGGGUCAGGUCCUGCCCAACAACAACAACUGUUACAUCACAGGCUGGGGACGAACUCAGACUGGCGGUCAGCUCUCUGCUAAGCUGAAACAGGCCUAUCUGCCUGUGGUGGACCAUCAGACAUGCUCAAGCAGCAGCUGGUGGGGCAGCACGGUCAAGACCACCAUGGUGUGUGCUGGAGGCUACAGUGAAUCCGGUUGCCAGGGCGACUCUGGUGGCCCCCUGAACUGCCUGGUGAACGGGCAAUACGUCGUCCAUGGAGUUACCAGCUUCGUGUCAUCCCUGGGCUGCAACACUGUGAGGAAACCCACUGUCUUCACUCGUGUCUCAGCCUACAACAGCUGGAUCAGCAGUAUUAUUGGAUAAACUGGAUGGAUAUGAUGAAUCCAGAAUGACAUCUGAUACACAUGUCCCUUAUGCUCACAUGCAAUUCAGCAAGAAUCUGAUAUAAACCUCUUGUAUUGGCAAAGGCAAUUUUUUUCUGCAAUUAAAUGCCCAAUGUGUAUAAUCCUUUACUACAAUAAAUGAUUUAGCAAGGAAAGUGUUCAUUUGCUCAUACUAAAACAAAUCUAAAUUCUACACCUGUUGUUAUUGCCUAAAUACUGUCAACCCAAUUCUAAAAGUUCUACUAAUAAAUGUGUCUCAAAAGAGCUACCCAAAGACA